UUUAACACAUGUUUGGAAUGCAUAAACAAAACAAAGAAUGUUGCGGCAAUUGUUCAGAAAAAUCGACACAAAAUUUAAUUUUAAGCAAUCGACACGGCAUUUUUCUAGUCAACUACAUGGUUCGGUGAUUGAAGCAAAACGGCCGGCAAUUGUGCUGGGAAUAGAAACAUCAUGCGAUGACACAGGAUGUGCGGUAGUCGAUUCCACUGGUAAAAUCCAUGGCGAAUGUUUGCAUUCACAACUUCAAUUUCAUAAUAAAUGUGGUGGUAUCAAUCCGCCAAUAGCUCAAGAGUUUCAUCGUCUGCACAUUGAAGAUGUUGUGACGGAAGCAUUGAAAGGGGCAAAUAUGAAAGUGACUGACGUCGAUGCAAUCGCAGUAACGUCACGUCCUGGUAUUUUGAUGAGCUUACUGAUUGGAUUGCGAUAUGCAAAGUAUUUGUGUCGAACGUAUAGAAAGCCGUUAAUACCCGUGCAUCACAUGGAAGCCCAUGCCUUGAUGGCACGCCUAAACCACCAAAAAUCAAUACAAUUUCCGUAUCUGUGUUUAUUGGCUAGUGGUGGUCACUGUUUGUUGGCUCUUGUAAAAAACGUAAACGACUUUCAUUUAUUGGGCGAAGCCCAGGAUGGUUCACCGGGCGAAUGCUUCGACAAAAUUGCUCGUUCGAUCGGUUUGCUAAAGCUCCCUGAGUAUGAAUCAGUGAGUGGGGGACGUGCAAUCGAAUUGGAAGCAUACAAAUCAACCCAAGAAAAUCGCUUUGAAUUUCCCGAACCCAAUCUGAAAACGCGAGAUUGUAAUUUUAGUUUCUCCGGUUUAAAAUCGUCGGGUGUAUCAAUGUCCGAAAAAUUGCAACGAAAACCCGGUGAUUUGGUGCCAUAUCAUGAGGAUUUUUGUGCUGCAAUUUUGAAAGCCGCCACCAAACAUUUGAUGCGAAAAACCCAACGGACUAUUCAGUACUGUGAACGAAAAGGUUUUUUUGGUUUUGGCGCCAGUGCAAAGCCACGAUCGCUGGUAUUCUCCGGCGGUGUUGCAUGCAAUGAUUACAUUUAUAAUUCGUUGUGCGAAAUGGCGACGGAGUUUAAUUACACAUGUUUUCGUCCAUCGAAACGAUUGUGCACCGAUAAUGGUGUAAUGAUCGCAUGGAACGGAGUAGAACGAUGGCUGGAUAAUGAUCAAUUGUAUCGAGAAUUGGACAUUGAUAGCAUUACACCGACUCAGAAAGAACCAUUCAAAACGGAUCUCAUCAAUGAUGUCGAACGAAUGGAUAUAAAAUGUUCUUGGGUCAAACUACCAGCAAUCGCAUCUGUAAUAAAUAAUAAAGAAAUAGUAGAAUAGCAGGUAGUAAAAUAAGAUUUAAUUUUUGUGAUGUUUUUUUUCCUCCGAUCUUCUUCAUCCAAUGGAAUGUAAUAAAAGUAACAACAUGCAAACGAAA